AUCAGUGUGGUGUGUGUCUCCGCGUUGUUGCUCCGUGAAGGGGUUUUUUUUCAGUGUUAAACAUUUUGUUAAUACCCAACGUAACCACGUUCGGUAUUUCACCCGAUAUUUCCCCUCCAACAAUUGCCCUCGGUUGUUUAACAUUGAAUCCCCAAGUUCAAGAACCAGUGACAGUAAAGGGCUCCAGUGUGAGCCCUCCCCCAACCGGUGACGACAGAAGGGAUUUUUUUUAAUAACAUCAGAGCAAUCAAGGAUGCAGCCAAGGAUAUACUGGAUUCUUGCCUGUGCGGCCAUCGUCUUCGUCGGGUGCAAUGCCGCCGCUGGGAGCGAGGAGGAGCCAAGUGGAAAGGAUCGAUCAGCGGGUAACACAAACUACAAUUUAUUCCCCGACGAUCUCUACCUCGACGAUCAGGCCUUGGAAGGCUCUGGACGUGGUGGUGGUGAAGUGCGAGACGACCUCGAGGCAUCAGGCAGUGGCCUAGGCCCCGACGACGAGGACGGCGACGGUGACCGAGAUUUCAAUAACGUCAACAGUAGGAUAUUACCAGAGCAGAAACCAGCCGAGCCGAACACACCCUACGUCGAGGAUCCUCACAAUACCAAGCACGUAACUGAGGAUCUUGCCCCGAAGAGACCGGAUAACGAAGUAGAUCUCGCUCCUGCCCGCGAGGACGAGCCAGAGGGUGAGGAGGACUCGGACGACUCACACGAGGUGUUAAUCAUGAAUCCGAAGCACGAGGAUCGCGCGAGCUCGUUCUUCGCACAGCCAGGCGUCCUAGCCGCUGUCAUUGGAGGAGCAGUUGUCGGCCUGCUAUGUGCAAUUCUCGUAGUAAUGUUUAUCGUCUACAGAAUGCGCAAGAAGGACGAGGGCUCGUAUGCCCUCGACGAGCCAAGAAGAUCACCAGCAGCGGCGUCGUACCCAAAACCUGGUGCGCCACAUCACAACCGUGAAUUUUAUGCUUGAAGGGAUUAAUUUUAAUACUAAAAUUAUAUUUCGGUUCGUGCCAAUCUCGAGUACGAUUAAACCGAUUAUUGACCGAGUCAAGACAUGAUUAAAUUCAAAAAAAGUGGUAAAUCAUUGGAUAAGGGAGAGAAAAAGCAGAAUUUAAAAUUGCAGAUGGAAUUUGAUUUGUGAAUGGCACUAGGUCGUCGAUGAGGGGGUGGCCUGUGGAGCUCCAAAUACUCAUCUUCACUCGGACGAGGGUCUUUCCUUCCCUGACUCCCAAACUUUCCUCACAACGCAGAAGACAUCCUAAAAAAUUCAUUCUGCCGUGUCUCCUCCACCGCCCGAAAUUCCCUAAAAAUCCCCUUCACAAGCAACAAUCAACAAAAAAAAAAAAACACCUCGAUCCCAGCUUAAGGCGCACCCCCAGAAAUUCCAGAUGCGUUUUACAUUGAACGAGUGAUAAAAGCGAGUGGAAAAAAUAAUGUGUGUAUGUGUAUAGGACUGAGAGAAGUUUAUUGUGAGUCGUCCAAUCCUCCAAUAAUUUUUUAUUAUUUUCUUUUUUUACAUUACGCCUUUGUACGGUGGCAACUGAAGGGGGAGGGGCUCCAGGGAUCGUAGAUCCUCCCAUGAGUCCUUCUCCAUUUUUUUACGUUUCGAGAGAAUCCUUUUUGUAUUACGUUGUCUCCCUGGUCCCCUCUGUCAAGUAAUUUCCCUUCAUGACGAUCGCGAUCGUUGAAGGAUCAUUUGUGGGGGAAUUUCAAUACAGAGGAUGAGGAAAUUAUGCAGUUUUGUCUCUUUCCAGUGGCCAAUGAUUUUUACUCGAUUUAACGAAUUAUUGUGCUGGGAUUUUGGAGGGGGGUUUUCGCCGUGGAACGAGACAGGGACUGCAAUUUUAAUUCCCCCACCUAUCCCAUGGAGUAGCGCACACGAGUCUUGACUGACUGAAACACACGUUUGCCAUAUUGAUCGUGAAAUUAUGCCGAAACUUGAUCCAAAAGAUCUCCUCGUGUUUUUUUUUAUUGUAUUUAUUGUGCGAUUGGGUGCAGUAACUAUUUAUUUGCACGGUUAAAUCGAUGAAAAAUUGUGAAUUAUUGAGAUUUUUUUUUCUUUACUCGUCACAGAGUUGGUUGUCCUUUUUAUUGAUUAAUUAGUAACUGUAGUCAUUCGAAUUGGUGUUCAUUGGGAUACAUUGAAACUGGCAACUAGAGAUUAAUUGAAAUAGAGAGGAUUUAAUGGAGAUGUGAAUUUAAAAACGCGUCUGCGGUGGCAUUUUACUUUUCUCAAACAUUUGUAUCUAAAUAUUGGUAGGAUUUAAUAUUUAAUCGUUAAUUCUACGGCUAUUUGUAAAUUCGACACUUUCCUACCACUGUAUUCAGUACGUCGAUUAUCGAGAGACAGAUGAUAUUUAACAAUGAAACAUGGAUAAGUCAGUGAGUUAUGCAGAAGGAAUAAAAAAAUAUUUGAGGGUAGGGAAUUGUGUAUACGAUGGGGAGGAAGAUGUAUGAUUAGAUCGGUGGCGAACAGGUGGAACGUGAUUAUUUUAUUUUUUUCAAUGCUCAUGCAGGAGGAAAAUGAUUUAAUUUUCUGCUGAAAUGACUAAUUUCAACGCAAUUGAAUUUGACAGUCCAUUCACAUUGUGGUGGAUUAGGGAUUAUUUGCAGAAUUUUUUUUUUCAAACAGCAGUUUAAAAAAAUGCAAAAUUAUUCCGUUCGAAUUCUGCGUUGUUUAUAAAUUCAUUUUGCAGUUAAUUCAAAGACAUCCGAAAAUCCUAAAGUAAGAACGUUCAUCACUUUCGUCAGAGAUCUAUUGAUUGAGAUUUAUGAAAAAUGAUGAAUAUCACACCGAUACUGCCAUAUUAAUCUAAGAAAUAUGAAUUUGGUAUGGAAAAAAGCAUUGAAGUCCGCCUUAGAGCAGCAUCGACUCUCCUCAAAUCGUAGAUAAAAUCCAAUUGAAAACAAAAAGAAAGAAAUCCCUCGUCUACCAGUUGGACAAUUCGCCAAGUUAUUUGUUACAUUCCGACGGAAAAUUGCACUAACGAAGCAUUUAAAAUUCGUUGCGAAACAAGAACAAUAGAAUUUCCUUAUUUGUGAUCAAGUCAAGAGUUAAAAGUGUUUCUGUUUAUUGUGAAGUACGUAAUUAUUUAUUAUCGAAUUUAAUUGUGCAGCUUUUUGGCAGUUAGUGCGGAAACAGAUGAGUCAUACGUUCAUAUGACUUUAAUUGAACUUUUUUUUUGUAACCAUGACAGUUUGCAUUUAAAUAAAUAAACGCACAUUGGCGCAAAGUUUAUUGGA